AUGGCUUCGUCGGAUGGAAUAUACAAAUGUCUUCUGCACAGAGGCAGAUCUCAAAGUGACCCGAACAUCCUCAGCGAGUCUGGCAUUGAUCUCUCGCACAGCACAGAUGUGAUGGAGCAGCAGAAGGUGCUGUGCUCCAGCUGUUUGGUGAGUGGAGUCCACACCCCUCCCAUCCGGCGCCACAGCAAGCUGGCCACACUGGGGCGUAUUUUCAGGCCGUGGAAAUGGAGGAAAAAGAAAAACGAGAAGCUGAAGCAGAGCUCUACAGAUGUGGCCUUGGCUUGUGGACUUAACUCUCCAGACCUCAGCUCUCCCAUCCAGGGCAUCCCCGAUGCUGAGAUCCGGCUACCUGGCUCUCAGGGGCCCAUUCUUAGCAUCAGUAGCAUGGAGUACCUCAGCUCAGAGCAAGACAAUCUCCCUACUGUGGUAGAUUCUGUACAGGACAAUGAGACAACGGAAGAGUCAAAUUCAAACGAGGAAGAGGAGGAAGACGAGGAGGCGGUUUCUUCUGUAAAUGAGAAUGAAGAUGUUGAGGAAGAUGAAGACAGAGACGAAGAUGAGGAAGAUGAACUGCAGGAACAGUCUCCUCCAAGCGGUCAUGGCAAUCUCGUUUCUCAGCUAAGCACGGAAGAAGACCCAAGUAAAGUCGUCAUCGCAUCAGUGCCUCAGUCAAACUCUUUUCUUCAAAAAGAACUGCCUAGAGUCCCUGACGGCCCUAGUCCUGUGGUUUUAAGAGGGCCUUUUACUAAUCCUGUGGGGUCGCUGCAUAUAGGCAGCAUACAUCCGCCACUGCCCGCUAGCUGUAUAAUAGAAGAACUGCAUCGAGCACUGGCAACAAAGCUCAGGCAGGACCGCAUUGAGCGAGAGCCAAGUGGAGAUGGUGAAAGCAGAAAGGAAGCGGAGGAAAACAAGGAAAAUGUUCGACAGGACCACUGCUUCACUGACGCUUCAGGAAUUAUCUACGAUAUUGACAGCUGGAACGAAUCUGUCAUUUCUGGCACAUUGCCAAGGAGGAUGAAGAAGGAACUGCUGGCUGUGAAGCUUCGGAAUCGUCCCAGCAAACAGGAGCUGGAGGAUAAGAACAUUUUUCCUGCGCGGAGCGACCAGGAGAGACAGGAGAUCCGUCAACAGAUUGAAAUGAAGCUUGCCAAGAGACUCAGUCAACGGCCGGCCGCUGAAGAGCUGGAGAGCAGAAAUAUUUUAAAACAGAGGAAUGAUCAGACGGAGCAAGAGGAAAGAAGAGAGAUCAAACAGAGACUGAACAGAAAGCUCAACCAGAGGCCAACAGUUGAUGAACUAAGAGAAAGAAAGAUUCUGAUCCGCUUCAGUGACUAUGUGGAGGUGGCCAAAGCCCAGGACUAUGACAGGAGAGCUGACAAACCCUGGACAAGACUGUCUGCAGCUGACAAGGCGGCCAUCCGUAAAGAGCUGAACGAGUUCAAAAGCACUGAGAUGGAGGUCCAUGCUUCAAGCAAACACCUAACAAGGUCAGUAUGCGUGUACAGCACUCACAGAUGUGCCUGCACUAUUUUUAGAUCCACAAAAUCCAAACAGCCUGGUCAAAAAAGACAGGGACACAAAUGCGUUUGCAUAUAAAAAGCAUGAAUGUGUCACCUUGACAUGAAUGGUUUUGGAUAAGAGGUUCCUCUCGACAUAAUCAUAACAUUAGUGGCCUUUAGAGCUCUUAUGCAUGCUCUUACUAAAAAUAACUGAUUGAUGCAACAGCCUUGUCCCUAUUAUAUCGUGUUUGUGAUUGCGAAAGGCACCUUUGUUGAUUUCUCUCCUCUCCAUCAGGUUUCACAGGCCUUAAGAGGGGGUUUUCUUCUGUGAAGAAAAUGC